GCGAGACUUUAUGUAACGCUCUAUUCGUUGCUUCCUGUCUGUGUGUUGAACCUUGGUUUUCUCAUUGCUCUCUGCUGAAACUCGGAGUGUUUGUCCCUACACUGCUCCAAGAUGGACAUCCUGACCGUUUUACCGUCCAGUUUCGGAUAUGUCAUAUUUACUUACCUCUACAGCUGGAUAAUGCUAGGUUAUUUAGCAGUUAAGGUCGGAUCUGCCAGGAAGAAAUACGACGUUAAGUAUCCCACGAUGUACAGCGACAAGGAGCAAGUGUUCAACUGUAUCCAGAGAGCCCACCAGAACACCUUAGAGGUGUAUCCCCAAUGGCUGGUUUUCCAAACCAUUGCAGCCCUUGUCUAUCCGGUAUGUAUGCUAUCUGCAUCUGUACUGGGGGCCAUUUGGGUGACCAGCAGGUUUUCUUAUGCUUGGGGAUACUACACAGGAGAUCCAGCCAAGAGGAUGAAUGGAGCUUAUGGCUACAUUGGAUAUUUUGGAGUCAUCUUUCUGUCCAUAUCUGUGGCUUUGCAGCUGCUCGGAGUUUUUUAAGAUUUGCAUUAACUUGCAGAUCUCUUUUGCUAUAUGAGCCACUAACAUAAAGUCUAGCUCUGUAUAAUCUCUUUGAAUGUAUAUUAAAAGGGCUGCACAAUAUCCUGUUACUAUCAGGAAAAUAUAUGCUAACUAAUGCUGUAAUUUCAGUUGCAAAUCCCAGUUUUCUCAUGCACCGUACAGCUUUAAGGCUCUUUCCAUGUGACUCCCACAUGAUGCCAUCUCCCAUCAGUACAGGCACGCAACAGAUGGUUUCUAGAAGAUUUACAGGCCAUGUUCAACUGAUUGUGCAAGAAGAUUUUUACUGUUUCACUUCUGUAUUUCACUGACGAACGACAAUAAAGUUCAAUCUAAUCUGACAUGAAAAUGUACACUUUUUCCCAAUAAAAGCAUUUAUUAAAUAUUUUAUUCAACUUAAUUUCUUUACCCAGGAGCCAAAUAAAUCUGUGUACAAGCA